GUUGCCGGCAGAGGGCAGGGCCCCUUUCCCUGCAUCCCCGUCCCAGUUCCCUGCGCCUCCAGCCUGGGGGUUAACCAGACCCACGCGAAAGAGGAAGAGAGAAGCGGCCGAGCAGCAAGGAGGAGGGAGCGGAGGCCGGGGAGAGGGGGCGAGCGAGCCCAGAGGCGGAACUGCCGAGCCAGCCGCAGUCCGCCGCCGCCGCCGUCUUACCCUUACCCUGCCCGGCUCGCUCCGGCACAGAGACCCGGCAUCAGCCCGGCUGCCCCGGCGUCCUGAGCGGAGCCUCCCCGACCGCGCUCCGCCUCCCGUCCCGGCGGGAACCUGAAAGUCAGCGUGGCGGUUUCCAGUGAAGUUGACAUCGGCUCCCCUCUGAAGGCGGUGUUUACCGUGGAAAAGAAGAUAGUUGACAUAUGGAUAAAGAUCCCCUGUGUGGACCAGGUCGGGAGCUGCACGUACGAUGGCCUUUGCGGAAUGCUGGACAACGUCAUCCCCCCCGGAUCACCAUGCCCUGAGCCCCUGCUCAGCUACGGUAUCCCCUGUCACUGCCCCUUCAAACAGGGCUCCUAUUCCCUGCCAUCCACUGAGUUCUACUUGCCCGUCAUACAGUUGCCCUCCUGGCUGACUAAUGGCGACUACCGCAUCCAGGUUGUCCUGAGCAAUGGUGCCAAGCAGCUCGCCUGUGUCAAGAUGGCCUUGUCCCUCCACUCCGAGUGAGGCUGGCCAGCCCUGCCCGACCACAAGCCCAGCCCCCGCUGCAGACUGCCACGUUUCCUUUCUCUUCCCGCUGGCAGAGACGCACACCGGAGCCGGUUGGCAGCUCUCUUCCUCCUUCCGCUGCCUCUUGCCGCCGCCUGCCCUCACAAAGCUGCUGCUUGUCCUUUCCUACCUCUAUUCGCCCUUCUCCCUCUCAGAAAAAAAUGGCCAAUGGAGGGGGGAUGGCGGGGAGAGGCCUUUGUCUUCUGUGCAGGGUGGACUUAGAGGUGGGCAAGGCUGGCAAAUGCCAGCGGGGCCCUCUCUGGUUGGGUCCCUCCUGAUCCUGAUUCAAAGCCUCUUGAAGUCAAUGGGAGCCUUUCCAAGGGCUCCGGCUCCUAGCGAGGAGACUUGAGAGAGUCUUCGUCGCAGUCCCUACAAUUGCAGCCCCACUUGUUGCCUUUCCCAGUGGGGCUUAGACCCUUCCCUCCACCCCUGUUCAUGCUGUUCUGUAGAGCAGCGUCCCUCUCCCGGUCCUGGUCGGCUGCGCACCAUUUACCAUGCCAGCUUUCGGCAGAUUCCCUGAAGUUAAUAGAAAACACCCCCCCCGGAGGGAUCAGGCCCACAGGGAGGCACACAGCACUAAACAGAACUUCCCAUCGCAGUUUCUGUUUGAGUCCCAGCUGCGCUUUGCUGGGGAACGCCCCACACUGCAGCGCUAUGUGCUGGAUGGCUGUAUGGGUCUCUUCUGCCCCUGACUUCUCUGAUCCUAGGAAAUAUCAGGUUAAACUGCUGGCUCGGGUCUAAUGCUGACUCUUUCCGUCAUAUCCUAGUGGUGGCUCCAACUUUCCGGAGCUCCGUUCCAGGCCAGAAUGUCCCCUAUGCGCACUCUCGCCUUGAGAGAGUCGUAUCACAAACCAGCCUUAAGGGGGGGGGGUCUAGUUUGAUUAUUUUCCCACAUAUAUAAUGAAAUUGCAUUUUUCAUGUUGCUUAAUGCUCCCUUCUCCCCCCGUCCAGUCAGUAACAAUGGGAGGGCCUGGUAGCCCUCCAGUUGACUGGUGUAAAACAAAAUGGGGUUUCACAAUAUUUCACCCAUUGAGUGGCCUACUUAACCUCUACCAUCCCAGGGGGUUUUGCCAUCUGUGGGCUAUGGUGUGGGGCUGUUUUUGUUUGUCUGGGUUUUUUUUUUUUAAAUAGCACACACGGAAUUUUAGAAAACAAAACUGAAGGAAGAAAACAGAAAGCAAUAAUUCUUUUAAACAAUCAGUUGGAAAAAGGAAAAGAGGCUUAGAGCUGGCUGCCCCUCUCUGCAAUGUGGCGGUCGGUGGCCGGUCAGGAGUGCCGUCUUGUAUACUUUGAGGGUGCAAGCCCCCUCCAGGAAUGUGCACCCCGACACUUGACUUGAGAAUUGACAUGUUCAUUCUUACUGGCCACUUCUGGAGACAGGAUACUGAGCUAGAUGGACCAUUGGUCUAUCUUGGGGUGGCACUUCUUAUGUUUCUGAGUCAACCUGGGCAACAGCAGCAGGAAACCUGUCAACACGAAGAGCUGUACAGCUAGCACUGAAUUCUCUGACAACAAAUAACCUUCCUAAACGGGACCACGCAGGACCAGAUCUAUUCCGAAGAAGUCAUUGCUUAUGGUAAUGUAAGGAGAGCCGGGAGGGUGGGUAUUGCCAGCCAGAGAGACAGAUCUUCAACAGUAUGGACAUUAUCUCUCUCCCAUGUCUGCAUGAAAAAAAGAAAAGAGGAACAAACCAAGAAAGCAAUGUACUAAUAUUCUCACUA